ACGAUGCUUCGAGGGUGACUGUUGUUGAUGUGUGCAGAGGGUCCCUGGUUCGCGCCCGGGUAUGGGCGAUGGGACGGUCUAAAGUUAUACUGUUACAGCAAGACAUGAUUGAUGUAAUUAGAUGCUCUGGAGAGAUCCCACCCUCCUUCCCCAACACAUGUAAAAUGCUUAGAAACCACCAGAAACCUGUGAAAUAGGUCAACAGAUGAUGUUUUAUCUCCUCUCAAGGUCUGUUGAUUUACAGUAUCUCACAAUCAGGAACUGAUCCCAUGUGAUAUGUCAAAACAAGUUGAUACAUGUGUUAUCAUGGUGCAUUGGGUUUGUAUUUGUAUUUAUUGUGGAUCCCCUUUAGCUGCAGCAGUUACUCUUCAUGGGGUCCAGUAAAAUGAAGGCAGUUAUACAAUUGUAAAAACAUUCCCGAUACAUUCACAACAGAUUUCACAAAAUCCAUGUUCCUGUUUGAUUUCGGGGUAGGCUGUCAACAGCACGUACUGUGACACUAUGAUAUAUAUUCUGAUCAAGUCAACAAUACCUCUAGGCAUAUCUGACGUCAUGUAUUUGAUAUCUUUAUGUGAAGGUUCAUGUCCAUAUUGACAUCAGUUCAUUGUGUUUGAGGACGGUUCACUGACCAGUUUUCAACGGAUACGACUAGACGAGUUUAACAGUUACAGAACAGCUACAGUAGCCUAUCAGAACAGCUGCAGUAUCAGAGGCGCAGAGCCUUAAUUAACGGGCUACACAUAAUGGCUGACAGCCAGGUAAGGUUCAUUUUAGCCUACGUUUAAUGAGCUUUACAGUUGUCCUAAUCCCAUCUUGUUCUAAUGGCAAGUCUGCCUUAAGUGCAGAAACUAUGGUUGAUAUUAGAAAAUAAGUAUGAUUGGAAGUUUAGGCAAGUAAUUCCAAUUGGGGAAUUGUUGUGGGAUGUUAGCAUACCAUAUUGCGCGUGUAGCAUUCAUGCCAUGGAUGAUUGUGCAGGCCGGCAGGUUGCUACAGGAUCCUAGUAUCAUGUAUGUUAUAGGGAUCAGAUCUGGAUGACUUUUUCACCUGAACUGCUCAUUGGCUGUCCAUAAUGAGCCCAGCGAGCAGGAUGUGUAGCUGGGCUCUGCAAUAAUUAGCUCCCAGAGCAAUUAGAAAUAACUAUUCUUGUUUUAAAAGCGUCAUUACAACUAGCAACAUGAUGGUCAGCCACCUCUAAGCAGGACUCAGUAGAAACGCUAUGUGUUGGAUUUGUCCAUGUCUCGCUAAAUUAACCUCGCUACCAUAACAGCCGUGAAGAAUUUAUACUACAGUUUUAAGGGAUCUCUCUGAAGGUUUUAGAUGAUAUUAUAUGUAAUUAUAGUGUCGUUAUACAUAGGCUAGCAGGAAAAUCCGCAUGAGAUAUCCAUAGAACUGAGCCCUGCUCAGGUGCUGCCCAGAGGGGAGAUGGGACGGUCCCCUGAUGCCAAGAAACGUGUCAGCUCUAUGCAGCGGACAGCUCCACAGUGCUGAAAUAGUUCAAUCCCCCUUGAACGUCUGAUUUGAAAUUAUUCUGCAAGUGGUUAUAAUUUAUUGCACGUCCUAGUUUUGCAGCUUUACAACCUCAGAAUUAUAGCUAAUGGAUGGCAGCGAGUUACGUUUUUGUAUAUGGUGAUGAAUGACGAUGCAUGAUAAACCAUAAAUUAAACGCAAAAACGUGCACUUAGACAUAUUUUCGUUUGGCAGAACUUUGACAAGCUUUGAUUUGUUUUCUAAUGACAUUGACAAUUCAUAUAGACAUUAGACUUAGGCCUAAUUGUGACAUCAUGUGUGUAUGACAUCUUUGAAGAAUGCUCUGCCUUCAGCCAAUCGGAAUCGAGUAUUCAACAAUGCUUUGGCAUAAUUCAAGGACGUUCAUAUUCACUUCAGUUGUCUGCCGAUGGUUCACUGACGUUUUUUCAAAGGAGGUAUUAGUAUUUCCUCUAAACAGCCUACAACAAUAAGCUACUCAUCAUGUCAGAUGACAGCAAGAGCGUGAAAUGGGAGGAUCCCUAGGAUGACCAAAAUAAGGUUGUGGAGAAUAUGAAGGAUGAAACAGAGACACAUGAGACCAGCAAAGACAGGACAGGAGGCAAGGCUAAACGUAAGUCCAGUGGCUGUGCCAAGAAGACUUCCGUGGAGGAGGACAGCAGCAUUGGUGCAGGUCCGAGAUUACUUCAUGUUGGGUGCAGAGUCUUCUCAGACACCCGGGUGUGGUUUCCGGGAAAGGGGAUCUAUCAUUGAGCAGCUGGAGAAGGAGGCUCAAAGGACUCUAAUGCCUUCUCUCAAGAUUGGGACAUGCUGUGCCCCAAUCCUCCUCUCCUUCCUGAGGAGUCUAACUGAUGAUCAAUGGAGAGUGAUUCAGCAUGGCAUGAAAAAUAACCUCACAUUCGAGCAGCUCUCCAUGCUGUGUCUGAAGAUUGUUAAAGUCGUGACCCAGACAGCCCUCCGCAUUCUCCUACCAGCGCUGGCUCGUAUCAUGGGGGUGAACCUGAGGAGUGGGGCAACCUCCCCAGAAUCCCAGUGCUCUCUGACAGGGUCUGAGGAUUCCUUAGGCAGUCUGGAUGAGAGAGAGAAAAGGCUGCUGAUCAGUGAGAUGAACUACUGGACUAAGGAGAGGAGGAGGAAUGGCAGUGCAGGAUGCCGCCAAAAAUCCACUCGCAGAACCUCAUCACCAUGCUGUUCGCCUAAGAGGUCCCAGACCUCAUUGCAGAGCUUGCCUGCAACUAGAGAGGCUCCCCUCAUGGAGGAGCCUCUGAAGGCUCUUUUUGGGGUAACGGAAGAGAGCCUUCUGAUAUCCCUGGUUGAGGGUCACUCCAACCACACCUCCUCCGAGUUGAGCUGUGCUAUCGUGGGGGAGGUGGUACACCAGCUUAACUCUGGCCUCUCAGUGGCCAUUGAGGCCAGCCCGGGGAGUUGCCCCCCUAUUGACAGUCAGGACAUAGCAGCAGGCAAGGAGGUCAUUCGGGUAGCCUCGGUGCAGAUCCUGGCCGAGCUACAGAGCCAAACGUCUGAGCCAGAGUGGUUAGGGUUUAUCGAGCCCUUCAUGGACCCUGUGACCGAUGAUGUGCUGGAUGCCAUUGUCGGCACAAUGGACAAAAUGGCACAGGACUUCAACAUCCUAUUGGAUCUGGCCAAGAAGAUGACAAUCUUGGGGUCUAAAUUUCUGACCAAUCUUCAAUGUGACCUUGAUGUUGAGUGUCCAUCUGGGAAGGAAGGGACCACACACUUUCUCAAAGAGACUGGGUCCUCUACCAGUGUGGUGGCCAGAAAGAUUCAGACCCUCUCUAGCCCCGACUUUCAGUCUAAAGCCCUGAAGGCGGUGAGCACCAUCCUUACAAGGAAAGUCAGCAGCUCUUCUGGCAUGGCUCCUUCCUCUAGGCCUUCUAGUGCUGCUCCUAGCCUUACUGAAGCCCCCCUGAAUACCAGCUGCACAGCCCUGACAUCUGUAACCUCCACUGCCACAGUGAUUGUUAAGGCAUUUGUGGGAGGCAUGGAGACGAUAGCAUCAUUUGAAGGCACAUGUGAAGCAGUUGAUUGGCCAGUUCCUGUAAAUGACCACAAAACAGGAUCUUCACAGAUGAUAACCUUCUCUCUAACCCACACACUCUACGGCCGUAUACGAGCAAAGCUGAGGGACCUUUUAACUCUAUCCACUCGAGAAGAAGGUGUGGCUAAGGAUGCUUCUCUUAAGGAGUCUUCAGACACCCUGGAAAAGGCAACUGUUUCAACUGUUGAGGUCCAGUUACCCAGCACCGAACUUAGUAGAGUUCCCAGAGAGAGCCAACCAAUACCAGCUCUCUGUCUCUCCAAUCUGGAUACCAGUACUCAAGAAGUUCUUAGCAGUGUUUUUUCCAUCUACAAGUCAGUUAUCAAAAGUGGAGAGUAAAUCCUUGGCCGUUGUCAGUUCAUCUGA